AAAUGAAAAAAAAAAAGCUCCCUUUUCUCCGUCGGUUCGCGAAGCUUCCGCGCGGCCCCGAAGUAUUUUGAACUCCACUCCACAGCUCUCGGCGAGGGUUUCGGCGGCGGAGAGGAGAUGGCCGGGAAGAAGAGCGCCGCGGUGACCCCCGCGCCCUCCGACGGCGAGGAGAGCGCCGUCGUUCCCAGCUCCGCUGCCAAGCGCCAGUCCGGCAGACAUAAGAAGGACCCCGCCGCCGCCAGCCUCGGCUCCACUGCCAAGCGCGUGGCCGGGAGGCCUAAGAAGGUCGCCGGCCCCGCCGAGUCCGGCGAGGGCUCAGCUAUGAAUCCCGCGAAGGGCGACAUGGGGGACGAGGAGAAGGGGGCGACUCCGAAGAAGAAGGAGAAGGGGGCGACCCCGAAGAAGGGGGAGAAGGCGGCGACCCCGAAGAAGACGGAGAAGAAGGGGGAGAAGGCGGCGACCCCGAAGAAGGCGAAGAAGGGGGAGAAGGCGGCGACCCCGGAGAAGACGGAGAAGAAGGGGGAGAAGGCAGCGACCCCGAAGAAGGCGGAGAAGAAGGGGGAGAAGGCGGCGACCCCGAAGAAGACGGAGAAGAAGGGGGAGAAGGCGGCGACCCCGAAGAAGACGGAGAAGGCGGCGACCCCGAAGAAGACGGAGAAAAAGGGGGAGAAGGCGGCGAUCCCGAAGGAGGAGAAGGCGGCGACCCCGAAGAAGGAGGAGGAGGAGAAGGCGACGGCCCCGAAGAAGAAGGAGAAGGGGGAGAAGGCUGCUGCCAAGAAGAAAAAGGACAAGGGGGAGAUUGCGGCGUCCCUGGACAAGGAGGAGAUGGGGGACACGCUGGCCAACCUCAAGAAGAAGAAGGAGGAGGAGGAGAUGGGGGACACGCUGGCCAACCUCAAGAAGAAGAAGGAGAAGGAGGAGAUGGGGGACACGCUGGCCAACAUGAAGAAGAAGAAGAAGGAGAAGGAGGAGAUGGGGGACACGCUGGCCAACAUGAGAAAGAGGAAGCACGGCGAUCUGGAAUCCCCAAAGGCGGCGAAGAAACACAAGGGCAAGGCGGCAGGAGCGGCGCCGGCGGCAACCGAGCCCGGCACCUGCAGCUUCCCGAUGGCGCGGGUGCGGGUGCUGAUGCGGGACAAGGACGCCACCAUCCGAUCUAACACCGAGACCGUCUUCCUCGUCAACAAGGCCUCGGAGUUAUUCUUGGAGGCAUUUGUGGAGGAUGCUUAUCAGAAUGCCCUGAAGGGACGCAAAAAGUCAAUUGCCUACGAUAACCUUUCGGCGGGUGUGUGCAAUGAGAAACGGUACAAGUUUCUAUCAGAUUUCGUGCCGCUGAGGGUGACCGCUGGAGAUGCACUCAAGGCUGUGGUGGAGCGGUCUUAGACAGAGGAGGUGUCAGUCCUAGACCAUGAGGGAGACACGCAUGAUCGCCAUAGGUUCUCUUGUCGUGCGCUAAGCUAGCCUGUGCUGUUUUGUAGGGAGGGAGACGGUGGAGGUAGGGUUGUCUGGGCUACUAUGUUCUUCUAUAGUAGGUUAGGUUGAGACCAGCGUAGUUUAUGGAGAAUGUAUGUUGUGCGAAUUUAUGGAGAAUGUAGGCUGAGACCAGCGUAGUUCAUGGAGAAUGUAUGUUGUGCGAAUUGGAGUAGUUCAUGGAGAAUGUAUGUUGUGCGAAUUGGAGCGGCAACCCACCCACCCCUUGUGGCAAUGCAUGUUGAUGUGUGUCUGGUCUGAA